UUAGAUCACGAAGACGAAGUUAGACGAAUACUUCCGGAAGACCGACAUGCGGGAUUGUUUACAAAUGUGAUUUUACUCUUCUAAGCAAAUUAUUCAUAAUAAUCUAUAAAUAUGUUAACAUCGAAAGUAUUCGUGAAGAAAACAAAGAGAGGGGGGGUUCUGAAAGUUGUCCGAGAACAUUAUUUGCGUGAUGACAUAACAUGUGGUUCGCAGCAUUGUACAAAAUGUGACCAUAAUGUUCAAACCGAAAACUCUGCUGACACUGACAGUGAUAGUUAUAAUGCUGACAAUUUUAAAACUCAGCCAUUAGUUAUUUCUCCUCCUAGUAAUAGUGUACUGUGUUCUUCCUCACAUUAUGUCAUACCUGACACAAAUGUCGUACUCCAUCAGAUCGAUGUUUUAGAAGAUGAAUCUUUACAAAAUUUCAUUAUUCUUCAAACAGUCAUUGAUGAGGUAAAGCAUAGAAGUCUUCCAGCCAACAAAAGAUUAAAAGAUAUAUUGACAAACUCCAGUAAACACUUUUACACCUUCUGUAAUGAAUAUAACAGUGAAACAUAUGUUGAGAGAGAACCAGGUGAAUCUAGCAAUGAUAGAAAUGAUAGAGCCAUUAGAACGGCUGCUAAAUGGUACACAAAUCACCUACAAGAAUAUGAGAAAGAUAUAAGUAUAGUUCUGUUAACAGAUGAUAAUGAUAACAGAACCAAAGCUAAAGAAGCGGGAAUCUUGUCAUUUACAGUUCAUGAAUAUAUAAAAAGUUUAAAGAAUGGUGGAAAUCUUAUAGAUAGAUUAGCAUGGAAAUCUUCAGCUGGUACACAACAAGAGGGUAAGCUGAUUUAUCCUGAACAUAUAGCUACAUCUGACAUAUUGAAAGGAGUCAAAUCUGGAAAAUAUUUACAAGGUAGUUUUAUGGCAAGCAGGGAGAAUUAUUUAGAAGCAAGUGUUAAUGUCACAGAAUCAGAAAAAUUUGUAUUAAUACAAGGUCAUCAGAAUUUAAACAGAGCUGUACAUAGUGAUAUUGUUGCUAUAGAGAUGUUACCAGAAGCUGAAUGGAGUUGUCCUAGUUCUCUUGUAUUAGAAGAUACAGCACAAGCUGAGGAUGAUGCUCUAGAGGAUGAUUCAAAAUUAAAAAAUAAAGUUCCUGAACAUUUACGCCAGCCUACAGGUCGUGUAGUUGGUAUUAUAAAGAGAAAUUGGAGACAAUACUGUGGUAUACUUAAACCAUCAUUGUUGAAAAAGGGAACAAAGCAUCUUUUUGUACCAGCUGAAAGAAGAAUUCCUAAAAUCCGUAUAGAAACAAGACAAGCUGAAGAUUUAGCUACCCAGAGAGUUAUAGUAGCCAUUGAUAGUUGGCCAAGAUCUUCAAGAUAUCCACAAGGUCAUUUUGUACGUAAGUUAGGAAAUAUAGGUGAUAAAGGAGCUGAGAAUGAAGUAUUAUUAUUAGAACAUGAUGUACCACAUCAAGUAUUUUCUGAAAAAGUUUUAAGUUUCUUACCAAAAAUGCCAUGGUCUAUUACAGAAGAGGAUAUGAAACAUAGAAAAGAUUUACGUGAUAUAGUUGUAUGUAGUGUUGAUCCACCUGGAUGUACAGAUAUUGACGAUGCUUUACAUUGUCGUUUGUUAGAUAACGGAAAUUAUGAGGUUGGAGUACAUAUAGCAGAUGUGUCCCAUUUUAUAAGACCUGGUACAGCAUUAGAUGAAGAAGCUGCUAAUAGAGGAACUACUGUUUACUUAACAGAUAAGAGAAUUGAUAUGGUACCAGAAUUAUUAAGUUCCAAUUUAUGUUCCCUGAGAUGUGAUGUAGAAAGAUUAGCUUUUACUGUUAUAUGGGAGAUGACAGAAAAUGCUAAAAUACUCAACACCACUUUCACAAAGAGUGUUAUUAAUUCCAAGGCAUCUUUGAUGUACAGUGAAGCUCAAGCUAGAAUAGAUGAUAUAACAAUGAAUGAUGAAUUAACACUUAGUUUAAGAGGAUUAAAUAAAUUAGCUAAAUUAUUAAAACAAAGUAGAAUAGAUGCUGGUGCUUUAUGUUUAGCAUCAACAGAAGUCCGAUUUCAAGUCGACAGUGAAACAGCAGAUCCCAUUGAUGUACAAACUAAAAAAUUACUAGAAACCAACUCUAUGGUAGAAGAAUUCAUGUUGUUAGCCAACAUUUCAGUUGCUAAAAAGAUAUUAGAAGAAUUUCCUAAUUGUGCUUUAUUACGUCGUCAUCCUUCCCCACCACCAUCUAAUUUUGAACCUGUCAUUAAAGCUGCGUCAUCUAAGGGUUUUAUUAUGGAUUGCUCAUCUAAUAAGAAUCUGGCUGAAAGUUUAAAUAAAGCAGAGUUUGAUGAGAAUCCAUAUUUUAAUACAAUGUUACGAAUUAUGACAACUCGUUGUAUGAUGCAAGCUGUAUAUUUUUGUAGUGGUAUGCUACCAGAGUCGGAAUAUGUUCAUUAUGGUCUAGCAGCUGCCAUCUAUACACAUUUUACAUCACCAAUUAGAAGAUAUUCUGAUAUUAUUGUUCAUCGUUUGCUAGCUGUAUGUAUUGGAGCAGAUGCUUCAUAUCCUGAUUUACUGGAAAAAAAGAAAACUCAGAGUUUAUGUAAUAACUUAAACUACAGACAUAAGAUGGCCCAGUAUGCUGGAAGAGCUUCUGUCAAUCUUCACACACAUUUAUUCUUUAAAACACGAGUACAAGAUGAAGAUGGUUAUGUGUUAUUUGUUAGAAAGAAUGCUCUACAAGUAUUAAUACCUAAAUAUGGUCUGGAAGGUACAUUAUAUUUAAAUGAGAAUAAGAAAUCACCAACGCAGUUCUUUUACAAUGAGGAACAAGAUACACAGACAGCUGGUGAUGUGGUGUUUCAUGUAUUUGAUCAUGUUAUAAUACAACUGAGUAUAGACAGAUCUAAUGUACAACAUUUAAAACUAGCAAUUAACUUAGUUAAACCACAGAUUCCAGGGUUUAGUGUACCCCCUGCUUCACAAGUACACAGUGAAAAAGAAGAGGUGGGACCACCAUCUAAGAAAGUCAGAAAAUAGUUUAUUACAUUUGGUAACAUGAUAAGUUCAGGGUUUAGCUAAAAAAAAAAAGGUGAUAAUUGAAGAAAAUAUUGAAUUUUAGUACCAUAAUCUGUAAAUAAACCCUUGAAUAUUAAUUUUCAUUCUAAACCUCUUGUAAGUAUCAUUAGAAAUCAACAGCUUAAAUAAACAAUCUGAAUAAUACACUUUCAGAGCUGAGUCAAAAUAUGCUUUAUUCGUAUAUUUAUGGAUAUUUGACAUCUAGAAAGAAUAAAAAUACAAAUAUUUACUUA